CAUUUUGUUAAUAGACAACUACCAGGGCCAUGUAUAAAGACUGGCCCCUGUAGAUAGUGCUUAAUACGAAGGAUCGGCACCUAGAUAGCUAACGGUUGGCGCGAUGACCUCGAUCACCGGCAAGACAGUGGUCGUGACGGGUGGAAGCAGGGGCAUCGGUCUUGGACUUGUCAAAAAGUUCCUUGCACGCGACAAUGUGGUCAUCGCGACUAGCCGCAAGGCUUCCGACGCCGCGCAGCUCCAGCAGCUCUUGCAGACCUAUCCGAAGCACCUGCAGAUUACUGAUCUGGACACGUCGGCCCCUUCCAGCAUCGCAACCUGGGCCGAGCAAGUCAAGGCCAGCGGCGUAAAGCAUGUGGACGUGCUGGUCAACAACGCGGGCAGGUACGGCACCCGGUCCGCCCUUCAGGAGCUGACGGCGGAGGACUUCCAGGCCGCCUUCCAGACCAACAGCAUGGGCCCCUUCUUCGUGCUGCAGCAGCUGCUCAAACAGGGCCUGCUGGGCUGCCCCGCCCCCGGCCAGCCGGGCGCCGGCUCGCUGGUGGUCAACAUUUCGUCCAUCAUGGGGUCCAACGCGGACCCCACCGUGUCGGCGGUCACACCGGGGGGCUACGCGUACAGGGCCUCCAAGGCUGCGCUCAACGCGCUCUCCACCACCCUCUCCCGCGACCUGGCGGCCCUGGGGGUGCAGGUGGUGGCGCUGCACCCGGGAUACGUGCGGACCGACAUGACGGGUGGCAACGGCUACAUUGAUGUGGAGGAGAGUGCGACGGGGCUGAUGGCGGUGCUGGAGUCGGGGCAGCCGCUGAAUGGGAGGUUCUUGUCGUACAACGGAGAUGAGAUCCCCUGGUAGAGCUGGCAGCAGCUGGCGGCAGGGGGCCGUGCGUUGUGGCUCGCAUGUCCCUGUGCCUGAUCGCUGGCGGCAUUGGGGCGGUGCCUAGCGAUCGGAACAGGGGUGUGUAGUAGAUAUGGAGUGCAAGGGGAUGAACUAGAUGCAAAGGUAUGCAAGGUGCCGUCAUUAGUGAGAGCCGCUGCUGCGUACUCUUAAGCACAUAAGGCCCGGCUCUGCGCAGGAGGUAGUCGCUUAUAGGCGGCAGUUGCUAGGGAAGGUAUGGGUGCCUUGGUUUUGCCAUCGGAAUACCCAUUAUGUUGAGCCAGUGAAGCCAACAAUGUGACCGUGCAUCAAACCUUAAAGCCGUGAAGUGAAGGUCCUUCACGUAAAGCGCGACGGUGGCAACCGUCAUCCAUCCAUUGGCCUUAUUAGACGUGCCAAGUUACAGCCACUGCACGGUCUUAGAGCUGCAGAACUUACAAAAACA